UUGUUUGAAUUUUGGAGAUACUUCAAAUACACAGUGACAUCAUCAUGCGUUGCAUUGAGCCCUUCCCAGCAGAAGCUUUUGGGCGUACCAAAGUCAUUUGUGCAAUCCAGCCCACCAAAGGAACUCAUUAAAAAUACAGUGCCAGCAUCGUCGCCUUACCCGGGCGUGCAAGGACAAAGUGUAUUAAGUUACAGCCCUUCACGGUCACCCAGCACGAGUCCUAAGUUCUCUUCCAGUUUCAUCAGCGGUUAUAGUCCUCCAAUACAAAAUGCUCUGUCAAGUAGCAGUAACUCUUUUACGUCAUCUGUGCCAUACACGCCUAAUAGCAGUUAUUCUAAGAUGCAGGGUUAUAGUCCUCCUUUGGCAUCACCACAGUAUCUUAGUACUCUUGGGCCGGUGGAAAGCAGUGGCUUAAGAUCUCGCUACAGGUGUUCACCAUCAUCCCACAGCUCUCUAACAGACACAGAAGACUAUAUAACAGACCCCAAGGUAUUGGAUGCUUUUCUUCGCAGUGAAGAGCAAAAGCAACAGCGAUCCCAGCUAGGCCCGGAAUCUAAUAGUCCUUCCAACAGCCCAACAUUUUGGAAUUAUAGCCGCUCUAUGGGUGAUUAUGCACACACACUGAGGAAGUACCAGUACCAGUUGGCAUGCCGAUCUCAAGCUCCUUCUGCACAUAAGGAUGAAGCAGAUCUUGGUUCCAAGCAGGCAGCAGAAGAGGUAUAG